GCCGAGUUGCUAAAAAAAAUGUGCGUCUCUUAGCAACGCAGUCUAACUAUUUCAGGUUGCUCUGUGAUUGCUGACCUGAUUUUCUGUGUGCGCAGUUGGAGGGUAAUUAUCAAAGACGCUGGACUAUAUCAUAACAUGACUUUUGAAAAAAGUUUGUCAGAUUGGUUGAUAGAUUCACGCCGCUAGUUGGUUUGGGUAUAACGUUAAAACUAGAUUGGAAUCGAGACGGAGGUGUCCCACUUGUCUGCUGUCUGCAGAGGCCGUGGCUCUCAGGACCAGCCCAGAGAAACGCAAUGGGGCUGUUCGACAAGUUAGCAGGAUGGCUGGGACUGAAGAAGAAGGAGGUGAAUGUGUUGUGCCUGGGUCUGGACAAUAGCGGGAAAACUACAAUAAUCAAUCAACUCAAACCGUCCAACGCACAGACGCAAGAUAUUGUCCCAACAAUCGGCUUCAGCAUAGAGAAGUUUAAGACAUCAAGUCUGUCCUUCACUGUCUUUGACAUGUCUGGCCAGGGCAGAUACAGGAAUCUGUGGGAGCAUUACUACAAAGAGGGCCAGGCCAUUAUAUUUGUCAUUGACAGUAGCGACAAGCUGAGAAUGGUUGUUGCCAAAGAAGAACUUGACACGCUCCUAAAUCAUCCAGACAUUAAACACAGAAGAAUGCCUAUUUUGUUCUUUGCUAACAAAAUGGAUCUGCGUGAAGCGCUGUCUUCAGUGAAGGUUUCGCAGUUGCUCUGUCUGGAGAACAUCAAAGACAAACCCUGGCACAUCUGUGCCAGUGAUGCAGUCAAAGGUGAAGGCCUGCAAGAAGGGGUAGACUGGCUGCAAGAUCAGAUCAGAACAAUGAGAACGUGAGAGAUUAAGAGAACAGGAGCUGUGUUGGAGUGACGAGCGUGACGAGCACAGUUCCUGCAGGCCCGGUGUGAGGCUGUCCACAGAGGAAGCUCAUCAGGCGUGGCCCCCCCGUCCGUGCCUGUAGUGACCAUUCAGAUGAGCUGGGGAAGGGGGCGCUAAAGGCUGAAGAGGCUCGGUUGUAGUUCUUCCUUUUCUUUCUUUGGGCUGUGUAUAUUGAUUGCUACACCCACGUGCUGGUAAAACUGGUGCUGUUCAUCUUCUAUUUUAUGGCACCCAAACUAGGAAGAACUAGCAAGAUUUCUUAAUCAUACUAAAACACUUUAAAAUGGUAUGCUUUUUUGGUAUGCUAAUUUUAAUACAUUUGUAUCAGUUGAAUGUUGUAUAGUUGUCAGAAGCAAACGCUGAACAUAAAGCUUACUGUCUAUUAUAUAUAUUUGUGAGAUCAUCUGCAAAGUGUUUGUUUAUUCGUAGGGCAGUGCUUAUCCCGGUGCCUUAUUUACUGUUGUCUUUCCCUUGCUCAUACUCAAAUUAAUGAGCUAUUCAUAAUGCAAGAAAAGCAAAUCCCUACAGUCUAAGGUUACAGAACACAAUAAAAAAUGUUAAAAGAUAAUUUAAAAAUAAAUUAAAAAUAGGAAUGGGACCAGAAUACAAUAGACCCAGAAGUUGUGGUGAAUACAGCUGCCAUUGGAGUUGAGUGUUUAAUUAAAACAUGGAUAUGUACAGACAGAAAUUGUACAGAUUUUCACCAUCAGGUGGAAGAGUAGGAUUAUCUGUUGUUUCUUUGAAAACAUCAGGUAAGUCCAGCUGCAGCAUUGCAUAUUUUAGUGUGCUUACUGUUUUAGUUCAGUUUCUCACUGUUAGCUGAGGUUUUAGAAAUUAUUCUAGCUGGUGCCCACUCCAUGUUACUUUUAAACCCUGUGUACUAUUCACCUGUUGCCUGUAAACGGUAAUAGUAACAUUUAAAAUGGGCCCCAGGUGUGUUGUGUAAAAUGGCCUUUAUGACGAGGCACACCUUCAUUCACGGUCUAACCUUUAGAAAGUUGACAUCUCAUCAAGAUCUGCGUUUGUUCAUUGAAUAAUGACCUAAUCACAAAAGGCAGCUUGGGCAGAAUUAUUCUUUUUGCAGCUGUGUUAGGCAUGUAAAAGCAAUCAUUUUUAGUGCCACUGCCAGUGUCAGAAAUCUUGAGUUAGGUUGUGAUUUGCUUCUGAGGAGUUUCUUUGUUACACAUAGUAUCAUUAUGUUAUUUCAAAGAGUUAUUGGCCACCCCCCCCCCCCCAUUAAUAGUAACAUUUUUGGCUUGUACAAAUUGCACUGGCCUGUUAAUCAAUAUUUUAAAUGCAUCUGUCCUGGAUAUCUAUUUUCAUCAGUCAUUUCUAGCUCUGAGAGGAUUAGCUUGCUCCUGCAUCUUCCAACCAUGUUCUGACCCAGAUCACACCUGGACCUACAAGGGGGCAAGACCACAGCAAAUCUGCCUAUUUCCAUCAGUUUUUUAAUAAUCACAGACAAACAUCCAGGAGAUGUUUGUUUUACAAGGCACCAUGGUGUUGCCUAAACAAACUGUGAGCUGCUCAGAGUAAUGAAAUCCAACUUGUGAUGAAAUGAAUGUCACCACCUUGUAAUUCCGGUCAUAUUUGUAGAUGAUUAAGUAAAGAAUUAUGGUCUUGAUA